AUGGCUGUUGAAUUCAAACGACCAGAGCGGUUAAUCAAGAGAGAAGAGGACAUGGACAGAUGGCUCAAUUCAGAGGCAUACGCCAGCUUUGUUGGGUGGAUUAAAGUACUUGCUCAGUCUGUGAAAGGAAAGAAGGUUUCCGAUUCAAUUCCUGAAUCACCAAUUAUAGGCAGAUUGACAGCAAUGUUAGAUAAGUUGUCAAAAUGGGUUGAUGAGAUUCCACCUCUUGAACAACCUCAACGAUUUGGGAACAAGGCUUUUCGAACCUGGCUAGAUCGAGUUAAGCCAAAUUCCAAACAGUUAAUAGAAGAAAUACUCCCUGAUAAUCUGAAGGCAGCUGCUAUUGAACUUCAAAUAUAUUUUAUAGAGGGAUUUGGUAAUUAUACAAGAAUUGAUUAUGGGACUGGACAUGAAGCUAAAUUUAUGGCUUUCUUGUGUUGUUUGAUGAAAAUUGGAGCUGUUCUGGUAGAAGAUGGUCCCGCUAUUGUUCUUAAAGUAACCACAAAAUAUCUUGAUUUAAUGCGUAAAAUCCAGCAAACAUAUCGUAUGGAACCAGCUGGUAGUCAUGGAGUGUGGGGUCUAGAUGACUUUCAAUUUAUACCAUUUAUUUGGGGAUCUGCUCAGCUAAUGGGACAAGAUGAAAUUAAGCCUGGACAAAUUCCUGACCCUCCUAUUGCUGCUCGUUAUUCAAAUGACUACAUCUUUAUGUCCUGUGUUAAUUAUAUUAACCAGGUAAAGACAGGACCGUUUGCUGAACAUUCUAAUGUUCUGUGGGGAAUUAGUAGUCUAACAGAAUGGAGUAGAGUCAACUCUGGACUCCUCAAAAUGUAUAAAGGAGAGGUCUUGGAUAAAUUUCCCGUUGCUCAGCAUUUUCCAUUUGGGUCUAUACUGAGCAUAGAGCCAGAUAGACCUUGA